UGCUCACUGAGAUCUAGCAACUUGAGUUUUCAGCCUGCUUGGAGUUUCCCUUGCCUGAUGAAAUAGGCUUCGUGAGAGUGAUGACAAUUUUCAGCAUACAGGGUUGUAUGGAAUGCUAGCCCUACUCAGAGCAGACCCAUUGAAGUUAAUGGAUAUGACUAACUUAGGUCCACUAAUUUAAAUGGGUCUACUCUAGGCAGGAUUUAGCUGAAGACAACUCACAGGGUGAGCCAUUAUUUUGCUGGUAGACUUUUGCACUCUUUCCUUAGGAAUGCUGAAACUGCACAAUGUCCUCUCACAGCCGAGAGAGUUCUGCUAUCCAUCCCUCUUUAUUAGGGGCAGCACCAAUUUUCUGGUACCCGCUGCCCCAAUAGUAAAUUUCUGCCCAUGUUUCAUUCUUUUGGGGAUAAUCUUCUAAAGUUCUCAUUCUUAAAGUCUCAGCUUAUUUCCUGCCCCUCCUCUUCCAAAGUUCUCUCAAAGUUAAAUCUCUGAGCAGGAGCAUUUAAUGCACCUGCAUGAACCUUACGGUGCAUUGCAAUGCAAGCGCUAAGACUAAGGGAGGAGGAAGCUGUCACAGGCAGUGCCGCCCCCCUGGACUGGUUGCAACUAGGAAGGCAGGCAGGUGAGGGACUGGCUGAGGCUGGUGGGGCAGUGCCCUCUGUGCCCUAAUGGACCAGCCUCCCCUAUUCUGGUCUAUGUAAACCUGAGGGAGGCAGGAGUUGCGCUGAGGGUGGGGCACCUGCAGCCUUACAGUUGUUCUUGUUGGGCUACCACUCCCAUAAUCCUGGACCGUUUGCCAUGCUGGCUGGGGCUGAUGGGAGCUGGAAGGCCACAGGUUCCUCAUCCCUGCUUUAAGCCAAGCCUUCACUGACCAGGUGGCCAGGAGCUGAUAGCUGAAGUCAGGCUGGUGAAGGCUGCUCUGAGCCAAAGCUUUCAAAGGGUGUUGCAGAGAACCGUGGGGUUGCCGUGAAGCUUAUUUGGCGUUCCUCGGUGAAUAAGAAGAGAGCUUGCUGGGUCCUGCUGACAGAGACAAGCCCGAAUGUGACAAUAAGUCUGUUGCUCCCCAUUGACUGUGGCUGUGUGCACCCCAUACAUUCAAAGCACAUGAAUUCCCCCAAAGAAUGCUGGGAAGCGUAGUUUCCCCCCUCACAGACCUAGAGUUCUGAGCAACCUUAAAAACCUACGGAUCCCAGGAUUCUUUGGGGGAAGCCAUGUGAUUUAAAUACAUGGUGGGUACACAGCCCGAAACUCAGGGUGGUCACUUGUGCAUCAUCACAAAAGAGGACACGGGUUUCCAUAAUAUUUGAAUAUGCACAUUUACAGGUAUCGAUGCCAAUUUGGAAAUAAUUACUAUCAUUUCCAUAAAACAGCAAUGCGUCUCACCAUAGCAGGGAAGACUGUGACCAGAUGUUAUAUGUGCCUGCUCAGUCUGCAGACUGGAUGCUAACUACUGAGGGCAACUUCAACAAACCCACUCUUCCUUCUUAGGGUUAGUUAUCUGUGAACUGGCCUUCAAAAAGAGGACUCCUUCAAAGAAAGCACGGUCCUUUUAGUGCCCUUUGGAUAGGGAGCUGUCCACUGUAAAGUAAGAUGUGCCACUCUAGACAUGGCAUACUGCUCCUGAGCCUGGAGGCUCUAUUUAGUUGUAGACAAUAGCUACUGAUAGACCUCCUCUCCUUUAAUUUCUCUAAUCCGCUCUGAAAGCAUCUUAAAGCACAUGACUUUCCUCAAAGAAUCCUGGGAAUGGUAGUUUAUCCCUCACUGAGCUAUAAUUCCCUGCACCUUUAACAAACUACAGUUCCCAGAAUUCUUUUGGGGAAGUCAUGUGGUUUAAAUGCACUUUAAAUGCAUGAAGGCAGAGCUGAGAGGAAGAACAUUUAAAAUGAAGAUGGAGAGAAAUCAUACAAGCAUGGAGCCCAAGAAGGGGAGAAUGACUCUCAUGCUUGCCUUGGUGACCUUGAUUGCUGCCUUCGGCUCAUCUUUCCAAUAUGGCUAUAACGUCUCGGUGAUCAAUUCUCCAGAGCUGUUCAUGAAAGAUUUUUACAAUGAAACCUACUACGAAAGGAAGGGCGAGUACAUGGAUGAGAACUUGAUGUUGGCCCUCUGGUCUCUCACGGUGUCUUUCUUCCCCCUCGGAGGCUUCUUCGGGUCACUUAUGGUUGGCCCCAUGGUGAACAAAUGUGGCAGAAAGGGCACCUUACUGAUCAACAACAUCUUCUCCAUCAUCCCUGCCAUUCUCAUGGGCACCUCCAAGGUGGCAAAGACUUUCGAGGUGAUCAUCGUUUGCCGCAUCAUCAUCGGUAUAUGUGCAGGCUUGUCUUCCAACGUUGUCCCUAUGUAUCUUGGAGAGCUGUCUCCCAAAAACCUAAGGGGGGCCGUGGGGGUGGUUCCACAGCUCUUUAUCACAAUCGGGAUCCUCGUUGCUCAGAUUCUCGGUAUGCGGAUGAUUCUCGGAAGCACCGGAGGCUGGCCUAUUCUGUUGGGUCUAACUGGGGUUCCUGCAGCAUUGCAGCUUCUUCUGCUCCCCUUCUUUCCGGAGAGUCCCAGGUAUCUGCUGAUCCAGAAAGGAGAUGAAGAGGGCGCCAAGACAGCUUUGAAGAAACUGAGGGGCCAAGACGAUGUGGAGGAUGAGAUGGAAGAGAUGCGUGCAGAAGACCAGGCGGAGAAAGCUGAAGGGCGGAUGUCUGUGCUUACCCUUUUCACCUAUCGUGGUCUCCGAUGGCAACUGAUCUCUAUCAUCGUUAUGAUGAUGGGGCAACAGCUCUCUGGAGUUAACGCGGUCUACUACUAUGCUGACAGUAUCUACAGGAGAGCAGGCAUAAAAGAGAACGAUGUGCAGUUUGUCACCGUUGGGACAGGGGCUGUCAAUGUCGUCAUGACAUUAUUCGCGGUCUUUAUUGUCGAGUCCCUGGGUCGGAGAAUUUUGCUUCUGGUUGGUUUUGGGCUCUGCUCCGUUGCCUGCGCUGUGUUAACUGUGGCUCUGAAUCUCAAGUCCAUUGAAUGGAUGCCGUACCUCAGCAUAGGCUGUGUAAUCGCCUACGUCAUUGGACAUGCUGUUGGGGCAAGCGCAAUUCCGAGUGUGAUGAUCAUUGAGAUGUUCCUCCAGUCAUCUCGUCCUGCAGCGUUCAUGGUCGGAGGGUCCGUUCACUGGCUUUCAAAUUUCACCGUGGGCCUGCUCUUCAAUUAUAUGGACCAAGGUAUGGGGCCCUAUUCCUUCCUGAUUUUCUGCGGCAUCUGUUUGGCCACCGUCAUUUAUAUCUUCAUCAUAGUUCCCGAAACCAAGAAUAAAACCUUCAUGGAAAUCAACCAGAUCAUGGCAAAGAGAAACGGCACGGAGGAGGAUGUUGACAAGGAGGAGCUCAAAGAUUUUCCUGUGGCCUCGGCACCGUACAGCAAGAAAGCUGAGGUGGAGAGGAACAGCGCCCUUUAAGGCAGCUUCAGUCUCUCGCCCAGGAGUGGCUGAAGGCCACUUACCCUUUGGUGUGGGACCAGGAGAUCUUCAGGGGACGUGACAUUCUUCGAAUUCCCCCUCCCUCAGCCCAUAUUAUCAUGGGUUAGGUGUAAAUAAAUCCAUGGAGCUGUUUUUUUUUUUUUAAAAGCACCCCCCCAAAAAAAAGAUAUUUCCUUUAGCACCAAAGACUUUUCAAGCUCUGGAUGCCUCACCUUUUUUUUUUUUAAGAUCCUCAUCUAUUCAAGACACUUUUCUGAAGAACAAGGACGCAAAGCUUAUUGCUAGCUUUGAAAACGUUUGCUUUCCAAAUACGAUAACUGAGGCAGGUGUUGGCAAAGUGAUCCAUCGGCAGAUGUGUGCUUAGGUAACUCUGUCCUGUGACAUUGCAUUUUAGGCACCAGACUGCUUGAAGCAUGUCUUACCUGAGUUUUUCUGUAUGGCUGGACCCUCUUUGUAAUGUUCAAUCCCCCAUUUGUCAGUGUAGGAGAAAGCAUUUCCUUAUCGUUAAGCCAUGCUGCUUACACUGGGCAUAGGGUAAAGUGGAAAUGGAAGGUUCUUCUGCUUCCACAUCCUACAGAUGGAAGAAUUAAUCAGCCCAACUCUGACAAAUCAGUGGGAAAAUUUAGUGCCUCACCUGGCAAUACCCCAAGAUAACUUGACACUGCGGAGCAUUAAGGUAACCUCAUUUUUUAGAUACCUGGCAAAAGGCAAGAGGGAUUCCCUGUGUCAAAAUUCAGUCCCUUGUAGAAGAUCCUUGAGAUGUGAAGGAUAGACUAGUGAGGAUACCAAGCAUAUUCUGCACAGAAAGAAUAGAAUCCUAGUGUUGCGUCGUAUAGCAUUUGACCAGCUAGAAUGGGAGCAGCUAGUAUUUUAACUAUUUCCCUUGUUAUAUGGAAAUCAGGGCCUUAAUAUUGGGGCUGCGGUUGAGGCUCCGGCCCCUUAGCACAGCAGUGGGGAACCUCCAGACUGUGGGCCUAAUUAGCCUCCCCAUUUGACCCACAUGGCCAUUUUGGCCAAGCCGCACCCACCUGCUCUGCACUUGAUGUCCUGUAUGAGGGUUGUGUCCAGCGCUAGGCCUAUUGAAGUUAAUAGACAUGACUGCCUUAGGUUCAUUAAUUUCAGUGGGUCGUCUCUGAGCAACCCUGAGGUUUUAGAUGACAUGAUGCCAGGUAUGAGACAGGGAAAGGCCUGACGCGGCUGAAAGGGGCUAAGCAAACCCUUAAAAUCAGCCCUAGUGCAACACACAUAUGAGGUCUGUGCAGCACAAAUUCAAUUUUGUCAUAUCUCUCCUGGUGCCAAGGAUGCCUCUGGUUUCCCUAAUUUUAGCUCUUUUAAGAGGGCGUGUGACAGUGUCGCCGUUCCAUUGCAGAAAGCCCUGCAAAUGGAAUGCAGUGAAACUCCACUUGCCUGAUGUGCCUAUCCUGGCAUUUGUAGCCUUUAAGAAAAGCCCCACUCCAACUAGAUGGGGCUGCUAACCAGUCUUAAAUGACACGAUGAACCCAGAAUAAUUUUGUAUUUCUCACUGGAGUGUGUUUCUGUUUGCGGGGUGGGGUGUCAACGAUGUUUUGGCAAGUAUCUCUGCUAGAAAAGUCUGUUACAGCGCAGGUGUUAACCUCCGCUCUCUCCUUUUGUGUUGGUAUCACUUGUGGAAUAUAACUCUUAUAACUGAAGCGUUGCUUUUAAUCGUUAUAAUUUUAAUUAAAAAAAACAGUAGUGGUGCUCUAAUUUUCAGAUGUCAGCCUAACUUAACAGGCAAAGAAUUCUAGAAGACAGCCUCCCACACAUCCCCAUGAGCUUUCUAUCUGAGCAGCCUGAAAGCUUCAGCUUUUGAUAUCUGCUUCUCCCGAAAGUCACCUUUUCCUACCCCUUCAAAAUAUGGUAGAAACAUCAUCUCAUUUAAAAUGGGAUUUAACUACCGUUCUGGACUUAACAGCAUGCUUAAGAAGUGGUGAAUGGGAGGAUUCGUUUCUCCUUAUGCUUGUGGAGGAAGUGAUGCUUUUAAAGCACAUUUGCAUUUGGCAUUAAAAGGGAGGGUGGGAGGAAGCAGAUUUUUAAGAUGAAGGGGCGUACAGUGACCAUGUUCUGUUUUUAAAUCUGAGAGCUGCAGUUCGCUGCUAAAUGCUUGACAAUGGAUUGUCUCAGCCCAGGCGCGUGGGCCAAACCAUAGGAGGCUGAUCCCAUUAGGGCGUAUGGGUAACUGCCCCACCAGCCUCAGUCUAGCGUAAGCCACACCCCACCUGUCUGCUUCCUUGCUUAACAACUAGUCCAGGGAGGGCUCUGGCUGUCGGCUUCCUCGGCCUCAGUUUCGCCCUUGCAGAACUCCGCAGGGAGGAGCAGGGUGGGAACAAAACUAGAGCGAGCGGCCUAUCAGUGGCUGUGGCUCCACCUACUGUUGGGCUCCCAGUGGUGUGCUGGAGCCGGCUCGUACCGGCUUGCAGCCGGCUGUUAAAAGGGAGGAUCCUGCCUGUUGGAUCCCUCAGAGAGGGAGAGAGUGAUUGGGCGGUCUCUGGGAUCCGCCCCCUCAGCCACAGGGCGGCGUGGCAGACCCGCUGCGAGGGGCGACGUCAGCAGCCGUUCGCUGUUGCUGUCAUUAGCGCCGCGUCGCAUCCGGGCCUCUCCCGCCCCCUAUUUCCCCUCGUGUCAGGGGUCGGCCUGUCGCCUUGGAAGCAGGAGGAGUUGGGGCGGUGGUUGCCAUUGCCGGAGGGGCUCCGACGAGGCAGCUCUGAAAGGGUGGACGCAGACGAGGUGACCAUCCGCGAGCAGAACUUCCCCAGCCAAGUGCGGGACUACACAGGAGGCCUAGGAACCCUUGAUUUAACUUUGCCAAGGACGCUGAGGUAAAAGACUCCUGUCUGCGUUGGGGAAGAACAUCUCCUGGAAACUGUGAAGCACCUCUGAGAAGCAGAGGUCUGCUAAAGGACGUGGAGCUGGGAGGAGCCCGGGCCUUCCCCAGGGAAUGUGAGGAAACGUUCCUGCAGCAAAACCAGGUCUACAACGAAACAGGUCCUGUUAGUACUCCACCUUAGUCACAG